AAUCGUUGAAUUGCGAGAACACGUCGUAGAGAAUCAUCCCUCCGUCACGGAGAGACGAUUCCUUCCUUUUUUUGUCACAGAUGAGGCAUUUGACGGAACGGCUACUAGGUACACGCUUCUCUGUUCCCCACACGACGACAACGUCGACGAUUUGCGACUUUAUCUACCGAGCAUAGCUCCAGUAAUCACGCGCGUCCUCGAAGCUUAUCCCAUGCCUUUCAAAUUUUGUCUGUGCUCGAAGGUGCUCAUGAUUAAGGACGGAGCCGAUGGGUUGACUUCUCAUCUCCUCCACGUGAACCUUCACUUGAGAGUGGUGCAUAACCGCCAAGAAAUCGAAGGCGCGAUAAAUGCUGCCAUCGCAGAGUCCUCGCAACGCGUAGAAAACUAUGCGACAGAAGGGUCUGGUUUCACCUCGAACGACGUCCAAUGUGUCGACUUAAAACUAACGCGCUUAAAACCGAAGCGGAUUGGGUGCACGAUCGAGCUUCCCGAGCUGCUAAAAAGAAAACGAAAGACUCUCACAAACGUCAAACUUCCGCCGAAUCACGAAAACGAGUGUUUCAAGUAUAGCGUGCUGGCACUCUUGCAUCCGUUGAGAAACAACCCAAACGAUUAUGUUAGAUACCGCAAGUACAUGAAUCCUUCGAAUCCGGAGACGCGCGUAACGUACUGGCCGCCCUGCUUCCCAGUCACUUACGAAGACAUUUCCCUGUGGGAGAGAAAAAACAAAAUCUCCGUGUACAUCUACGUGUUCGACGAGCAGACGAGUUCGAUAUCUACCGGACGGGUUCCCUGUACGCUCUAUAAAGAUAAAGUCCACUUGCUCGAGGUUAGAGAGCAUUUCUAUGGAAUCAGAAAAUUUAGCACUUUCAUGGGACGAAGUGACUACUUUUAUUGCGAGAAAUGCACGUCCGGUUACGGGACGAGAGAGGCAUUGCAGCAACACGAACGUCUGUGUCGCGACGUAAACGAAGUGAUUCUCGAAAUGCCAAAAGCGGGGGAGUGUGUCUCCUUCAACAAGAUACAGUACAUGCAUCCCUAUCCCUAUUUCGCGGUGUUGGACACGGAGAGCGUCUUGGAAAAGGACGCACUCGUUAAGGACGCUGUGAGUGUGCACAGGAUGAGCUCGUACUGCAUCGUUGUAGUGAGAAGUUGGGACGGAAAAAUACUAGGCCUAGAUGGCUAUUUGGGACCCAACGCGGCAGAGAAAUGCUUGCUCUCGCUCAAGCGAUUUAGCGAUCAAAUCGAUAGGUUGAACAGUUGUCCCGCGCCGUUGGUCAUGAGUAUGGAAGACCACUUUCGGCACGCGAGCGCUACGCACUGCGAAUUUUGUGGAAUCGAAUUUAACCGACAUACGCGGAAGGUAUCGCAUCACGACCACACCUGCUUCGUAGAGCCCGGUUCUUCGAAUUUUGUCGCGACGCUGUGUGAUACGUGUAACCUUACGUGUCGUAAUACCAAAGAACUCGUCGUGUGCGUGCACAACCUGCAAUACGAUUUGAGCUCCCUUCUCCGCCACAUGCACGUUCUAAAUCUGGGCGAGCCGUGGAUCUUAGCUUCGAGUACGGAAAAGAUAAGAGGGUUCAACAUUGGCGAUCUCCAUUUCCGCGAUACCACGCAGUUUUUCAACCUGUCCUUGGCGAACCUGGUGGAAACCCUGCUCGCGAGCGGUGGCGAGAGCGCGUUUCAUUGUACCCGCCAAAUGUAUGGUGACCGUUUCCGGCGCCUCCUCAGGAAGGGCAUUUACCCGUACACCUUCGUCGACAGUUUCGAAGCGUACAAUUUGCCCGCACUACCGCCAAAGGAAGCUUUCAAAAGUGACCUGAACGACCAAGAGAUCACGGACGAGGACUAUCAGUACGCCCUAGAGAUUUUCGAAUUGUUCGAAUGUAAGAACCUCGGUGGUUACACGCGUCUCUACGUCACGCUCGACGCCUGUCAGCUCUGCGACGUCGUGCUGUAUUUCAGGAAGAUCGCGCUAGAGACGGAUGGGAUGGAUAUCCUACGCACCGUGUCCCUCGCCAGCUACGCGUGGGGUAGCGCUCUGAAGCUCACCAAAGUCAAACUCGAGCUCAUGAGCGAUCGCGAGAUGUACGAAACGAUCGAGAAGGGAAUCAGGGGAGGCAUUUGUAACAGCUUCCACAGAUACUGUCGGGCUAAUCACGAGGGGUGCGACGAUUACGAUCCCCAGCAAGAAAAGACUUUUAUCCAGUACCUCGACGUGAAUAGUUUGUACCCGUACGCGAUGACUUUCCAUCUCCCGACAGGUGGUUUUGAGUGGGUCGAUCCUUCGAGGUGGAGCGAGAUUGAUUUUCUCAACAUUCCUCACGAUUCGGAAGUGGGUUACGUAUAUGUGGUAGACUUGUUGUAUCCCGAAGAACUGCACGCGCUCACCAGGGAUUUUCCCCUGGCACCCGAACACAGGUGCGUGGACGAGAACGAACUGUCCCCCUACCAGCGACACCUGAAAGAUGCGUUGGCGCUGAACGCCCCUCCCACAAAGAAACUCUUGCUGACGUGCUAUGACAAAGAACGCUACGUCGUUCAUUAUGCAUUGCUCGCUCUGUACGUGAGGUUGGGCAUGAAAAUAAAACGUGUUCACAGCAUCCUCUCGUUCCGCCAAGACGACUUUUUGCGAACCUUCGUGCAGAGAAACGUCGCGUUGAGGAAUGCCGCGAGCACGAAAUUCGAGAGACUUCUGUACAAAACCAUGUCGAACAGCACGUUCGGUAAGUCGAUACAAAAUGUGAGACGCAUGAAAAGGUACGCAAUAGCCUACGACAAAGAAAGUGCACUACGAAAGGCUAGCUCCGUCGACAGUCAGCAUUUUCUCAUUCUGAGUGACAAGUGCAUCUUGUACGAGAUGAAACAACGCCGCAUCAAAUGCACGCACCCCCUUUACGUGGGCUUUGCCAUUCUUGAAAUAUCCAAAGUCCGAAUGUACAGCUUCAUCUACGAGUCGCUCUUUUCUCGCUUGACAUGUCCAGUGCAAUUGAUCUAUAGCGACACGGACAGCGUAAUUUUUUCUCUCACGUGUGAAAGCCUGGAAGAGCAGCUGAUGAAGAUUGAGAGUGAGUUAGAUCUGUCUUCCUAUCCGCCAGACCACCCACUUUUCAACGACGAGCACGCGAACCAGAUGGGGUACUUCAAAGACGAGACGGGGGGCGGAGUUAUUCAGGAAGUCGUAGCCAUCCGAGCGAAAAUGUACAGCAUUCUCUUGGCUGGGUCACACAAACAGAUCGCGAGAGCCAAAGGAGUUAAGAAAGACGUGGUGCGGAAACAUUUAUUGCACGAAGUGUACCGAGAUUCUCUGUUCAAUGAAAAGGCGGUCUCUCAGAAGCAGUGCACCAUCCAGAGUAUAAAGCAAACGAUGUACACCAUUUCGAGACUCAAGAAGAGCUUGGUCCCCUACGACGACAAACGCUAUCUCGUGGAUGCCGUACACUCCUUCCCUUAUGGGAGCUGCGAAUACGCACCGGAAAACCCGGAAGAGAGCCCGAGACCGUCGACGUCAGGCAUCGAGUAACCGUUGAACAAAGAGCU